AUGACUGUGAUUAUGAUUGACAACUAUGAUAGUUUCACUUGGAACAUCUAUCAGUCCCUCUGCAUCCUCGGCGCUGAUGUCCAGGUCUUCCGCAACGACGUUAUUACCGUCGAACAGCUCGCUGCCAUGAACCCCACUCAUCUCGUCGUUUCGCCCGGCCCUGGUCACCCUUCCGAGUCUGCCGGUAUCUCCAAGCCCGCCAUUGAGUACUUUGCCGGCAAGAUCCCCGUCCUGGGAGUCUGUCUGGGAGAGCAGUGCAUGUUUGAGAUCUACGGAGGUACUGUUGGCUUUGCUGGCGAGAUUGUUCACGGAAAGGUCUCGCCCAUCAAGCACGACGGCAAGGGACUCUACCUCAACAUCCCCCAGGAUAUCCUCUGCACCCGCUACCACUCGCUCUCUGGAGUCACCUCGACCGUCCCCGAGGUUCUCGAGGUCACUUCCAGGACAGAGUCGGGCGUCAUCAUGGGCGUUCGUCACAGGACUCUUUGCGUCGAGGGUGUCCAGUACCACCCCGAGAGUGUCCUCUCCGAGCACGGACAGACCCUCUUUAGCAACUUUUUGAAGCUCAGCGGCGGUACCUGGAAGGAGAACCCCGAGUACGGCGUCGACUCUGACAUCAAGCCUGUAGGAACUGCCGAGGCUGCCAAGACGGCCGUCCCCAGCAUCCUCUCCAAGAUCUUGACUCAGCGUCUCGAGGAUGUCGCUGCUGCCAAGGCUUUGCCAGGACAGUCUGCUGCCGACUUGCAAAAGUUGAUCGACCUCGGAUUGGCGCCCAAGCAGAUUGAUUUCGUUGCCCGUGUCAGGAAGAGUCAGCCUUUGCCCGCCAUCAUGGGAGAGAUCAAGCGUGCCAGUCCCAGCAAGGGAAACAUUGACCUCGACGCCAACGCUGCUGAGCAGUCGCUCGCCUAUGCCCGUGCCGGAGCCAGUGUGAUCAGUGUUUUGACCGAGCCCAAGUGGUUCAAGGGUUCCUUGAACGACAUGCGUAUCGUCCGCGCCAUGAUCGACACUCUGCCCAACCGUCCUGCUGUCCUCCGCAAGGACUUUAUUGUCGACACCUAUCAGAUUCUGGAGGCACGCGUCUAUGGUGCUGACACUAUUCUCUUGAUCGUCGCCAUGCUCUCGGUCGAGCAGCUGCACACCCUCUACAAGUUUGCCCUCACCCUCGGAAUCGAGCCCUUGGUCGAAGUCAACAACGCACAGGAGAUGGAGGUCGCCAUCGAGUUAGGAGCCAAGGUUAUUGGAGUCAACAACAGGAACUUGCACAACUUUGAGGUCGACAUGGAGACCACCACAAAGCUGGUCAACAUGGUUCCUCAGGGCACCAUCCUGGUCGCUCUUAGCGGAAUCAAGGGUCGCGAGGAUGUCGAGCGUUACGUCGAACAGGGCGUUGGCGGUGUUCUUGUUGGUGAGGCUUUGAUGCUCUCCAAGGACAAGAGGGCAUUCAUUCGCGGAUUGUUGGGCUUGUCAAGCGAGGAGAGCACCUCCAAGGUGUUGGUCAAAAUCUGCGGUGUCUCCACAGUCGACGCCGCUUUAACGGCCGCCGAUUCAGGAGCAGAUUUUAUCGGUAUGAUCUUUGCCGAGGGCUCGAAGCGUCAGGUCAAAAUGAACGUUGCGGCGGAAAUUGUAGAGGCAGUUCGUGAGUAUGCGAACGCGACCGCAGCGUACGGUGGAGACGCCGAAGCCAACGCCCUUCGAGCAGGUUCGGAUGAUGUUGCUAACGCAGACUGGUUCUCGAUGCAUGCCAGGAGAGCGGAGCGGAAUCCUCGCAAGCCGAUGAUUGUAGGAGUGUUUAGAGACCAGUCGUUGGAGGAGAUUACCCGCGUUGUGGACACACUCAAGAUUGACCUGGUGCAGUUCCACGGAGGAGAGAACCUCGAGAUGGCUCGGUUCUUGCCUGUGCCUGUGAUCAAGGCCUUCCACAUCAAGGGAGACGAGUCUCCUAAGGAGGUGAUCCAGUCGCUUGCAGGGACGAGGGGGUUGAACGCAUAUUGCCUACUGGAUGCUGCUGGCAAGGCAGGUGGGUAUGGCGGUGGAGAGGGCAACUCGUUUGACUGGUCGAUUGCCAAGGCCGUGGUGGACAGCCAGGAGGGCGGGUUCCCUGUGUUGUUGGCAGGAGGAUUGGACCCUGAGAAUGUGGCUGACGCUGUGCGCCAGGUUCGCCCCUGGGCGGUCGAUGUGUCGAGUGGAAUUGAGACCAACGGCGAGAAGGACGAUCGAAAGAUCAAGGACUUUAUCGACCGGGCCAAGUCCGCCUGA